CAAAGCACCUCCUCAAAGUCGGAUCGCUGAGCUCGGCUCGUCGCACUCGCUGCAACACGUCUUGUCAACCUUGCAGUUUACGCGUGGCCCAGGGAGACAGUGACAGGCUAGUGAAAGAGGUCGGAGUAUCUGGAUGUAAAGGCAAAAUAAUCGAAAUUCAAAAUUGUACAGAUCAGUGGAUUUUAAGGCAAUCCAAUAACAGUGGACGUUGAAGUGAAAUGUAUGUUCCAAUCGGGAACUCUUCCCUCAACAUGAGGGGCCGUGAAUGAUUCAGGCAUUGAACAAAACAUGUUGCGAAGUUCAAUAUCCUUAUUUUAAGAAUUGGGUUAGAGCACUCAGCGCAAUUACGCACGGCAUCAAAAUGGUUUCAUUUUUGGAUAGACGUGCCCCUGCUUUGUUCCUCGUAUGGGGCUACUGCGUCCUGGCGGACACAGUAUUUUCUAACUUUACCCUGGACAAUGAGGUCCACUCGAGUUUCAUCCACCGGCGGCUGAAAAGCCAGGAGCGCAGGGAGAUGCAGCGGGAAAUCCUUUCGAUACUCGGGCUCCCACAUCGGCCGCGACCGCAUCUCCACGGGAAGCACAACGCGGCCCCAAUGUUCAUGAUGGACCUGUACAAUGCCAUGUCCACGGAGGGGGAAGAGGACGCGUACUCCUAUCCAUACAAACCCGUCUUCACCACCCAGGGGCCGCCGAUAGCAACUCUACAGGACAACAACUUGCUAAACGACGCAGACAUGGUUAUGAGCUUUGUGAAUUUAGUGGAGCACGAUAAGGAGUUUCUCUCGGUCCGGCGGCACCACAGAGAGUUUCGUUUCGACCUAUCACGUAUCCCCGAUGGGGAAGCGGUCACCGCUGCAGAGUUACGCAUCUAUAAGGACUUCAUCCACGAGCGCUUUGAGAAUGAGACCUUCCGCAUCAGUGUCUACCAGGUGCUGAAGGAACACAACGACAGGAAGUCGGACCUGUUUCUGUUGGACUCGCGGGUCAUCUGGGCGGCUGAGGAGGGGUGGCUGGUGAUUGAUGUGACAUUGACCAGUAACCACUGGGUUCUGAAUCCUGGACACAACCUGGGACUGCAGCUGGCUCUGGAGAGCACUGCCGGUGAGAGUGUGAACCCGCGGAUGGCAGGGCUGAUCGGCCUCAGUGGUCCCCAGAAUAAACAGCCCUUCAUGGUGGCCUUCUUCAAAGCCACAGAGGUGCACCUGCGCAGCAUCCGCUCAGCACCAGGGGGCACCAAACAACGCAACCCCAACCGCUCCAAAGGGGCCAACAAGGGCCAGGAGGCACUCCGAGUGACCAAUAUCGCAGAGAACAGCAGUGCUGAUCAGAAGCAGGCAUGCAAGAAACACGAGCUCUAUGUCAGUUUCAGAGACCUGGGGUGGCAGGACUGGAUCAUAGCUCCAGAGGGCUAUGCAGCUUAUUACUGUGAGGGAGAGUGUGCCUUCCCUCUCAACUCCUACAUGAAUGCCACUAACCACGCCAUCGUGCAGACACUAGUCCACCUAAUAAACCCAGACACCAUUCCUAAGCCCUGCUGUGCUCCCACCCAGCUCCAUGCCAUCUCAGUGCUCUACUUUGACGACAGUUCCAAUGUCAUCCUCAAGAAGUACCGCAACAUGGUGGUCAGAGCCUGUGGCUGCCAUUAGACUACAGCCAACCUCGAACCCUCACAACACACACACACACACAUUCCUGCCUCUAAAUAUCCCUCAACGCACGUGACUUUCAUCUAGAGACUUGAAUGGACACAUGAAUAAACUACAUGUCUUAGAGUGCCUUGCCGUGCUGCUGGAUAGGAGCUACAUGAGGACUGGCAGACAAUCAUGAUUAUUGAGUCCAACUUGGAACACACACACUCUCUGUGCUUUCUACUGUGUAUGAGACAUUUUAAGCAGUGAUUGUAUAGUAAUACACAGUCAACAAUAUUUUGUUAAUGUCAAUAUGUUUUCUGUGUAGUUAAAUGUGUUUUUCUAGAUAUUUUUGAUCUAUAUUGUUUUUGUAUGCUUUUUAUGACUGAAAGACCAGGCUUUAGGAAGUGUGGAUGCUCUAUGGACUCUUCAUGUACAUUACUGUGUAAAUAGUUUUUCAAACAAAGAGAAGCGUAUUUAUUUCCUGGUCUUGGGAAUGUUAAGGGUAGGUUCAAUGUUUAUCCUCUGUACUCCAGUGUCUACAUGUACUGUAUGUUAUGCAACUCUUUACAUUGCGUCCCACUCAUCAUACAGUAUAGUACAAACACACCUCUCUCUUUGUCUCUUUCUUUCUCUCUCUCUCUUUUUUUUCUAUCUCUCUUGUUCUCUCCCUCUCUGUUUCUCACCAUGCUUGCUCAGUUGUUUGUCCUGCACAGUACAGUGUUAAAUCUAUCAUCAGUACGGACCUAUCAUUACACUCUUGUCAUGGGAAACAACUCUGCCCUUUCCUCUCCAUAUCCCAAACAUUGUCUUAAUGUUACUCUGAUGUCAUACGCACACUAGUGUAUUGACUCAGAUAUAGAAAGAAAAUGGAUAGUUCUCUUCAGAAAAAAGGACAACAUUUGCAUUAAUAUAGCUCUGUUUAUAAGCUAGGGUUAAAAAAGUGUCACACAAGUCAUUGAGAAACAAUAAUACAGAGGGUUUCAGGAAAACAGACGUAAGAGAAAGAAGGGGGAUUGAGAGAAAUAGAUAUGUGUAUCUGUGUGCCAGGUCAUUUUAGGAUGAACUGUUUUUCUAUCCUCUGCCGUAAAGUCUACCUUAUUUAAGAGGACAAUUUAUUGAGAGCCGAGAAGGCUGGUAUUCUCUGCCAACGCAGCAUCUUAUUAACUCACAAAAGUCUUUGUUUUACUGCAAAACUGGUUCAAUAAAAUGGGAGGAAGCAUCA